AUGGACAACAGAAUAAAAAAAUGCGAAGCGGAUGAAAAACAGUCACUGAAGUAUUUCGCUGAAGAUAAUUUACUGGGUGCACAAUGGCCUCAUGGGAUCGUGCCAUAUUAUUUGAACACCAAUGAUUAUGAUGUCCUUGUUGCUCAACGAGUGCGCAUGGCCAUGAAUAAUCUGGAAGAUUCAUCUUGUCUCAAGUUUAAAGCAAUAAAUGGACCGAGCCACUUCGCUCCUUGGUUACACAUUAGUAACCCAUCUAAAAUAAGGGACUGUGUGCAUUUGAGAGAGAACAAAACAGAUUUGGAGAUUCCUGUGGUUCUAGGCUACGAAUGUUUACAUAAACGGGAGAUCCUGCAUACCUUGAUGCACGCAAUCGGUUUCAAAGAUGAAGUGACGCAUCCACAACGGGACCAAUACGUCAGAAUCCAGUGGGAAAACAUUAAUCCAAAAUACCACCAAUUGUUUAGAGUGCGAUACCAGGAUUUCGCUCCAGUGUAUAUAGAGUAUGACCCAACAAGCAUCAUGCAUUUUCAUGAUCGGGCAUUUAGCAAAAACGGACAAGCUACUAUCGCACCUUUGGUAUGUUAG